CAUACCCUGUAGAUGACAAACGAUCUUACGGAAAACCUGAAAAAGAGUCUAUCCCUGUUCAGCGGAAGAAUUGUGAAAUCGAUUUGGAAAAAUCUUCUUCGGUGUUUCCCGGGCAACCGCUCGACUGUGCUGACAUCCGGGCUAGUGGGAUGAACGUGAGCGGUGUGUACAGCAUUGACCCCGGGGUUCCUAUGAACGUCUAUUGCGACAUGGAGACCGAUGGGGGCGGCUGGACGGUUUUCCAGCGUAGAAUUGACGGUUCUGUAGACUUCUUCCGGUCUUGGUCGGACUACAAGAUUGGCUUCGGAAGCGUCUCUUCCGAACACUGGCUAGGUAACGAGAAGAUUCACCGACUGACCGACCAGAAGAAGUACGAAUUACGGAUCGAUCUGGAAGACUUCGACGGAAACACGAGAUAUGCAAAUUACGUUCUCUUUAAGAUGGCUGAUAGGACCGGACUGUACAACCUGACUGUCCAUGGCUAUUCUGGUACUGCAGGCGACGGUCUUAUGUAUCACGACGGCCAAAGGUUCAGCACUCCGGACCGGAAUAACGCCAAGUUCUCGAAUUGUGCAGCUAAAUAUCGGGCAGGAUGGUGGUUCAGGUAUUGCUUUGCGAGUAACCUCAACGGGAUCUACCAAAAUGGCACGGAUACUGGCUUACGACAUUUCAGGGGUGUGAUAUGGCGCGGUGGGCUGCGCAUUGGGGACUCCUUCAAGACGUGUGAGAUGAAGAUUCGCCCGGAACCGGAAGUCGGUUCAGGGGAUUCCCAAGGAGCCACUGCAGUAGGGUGAACACGAGGCGUUUUUUGCACUAACGCCAGUAAGCAGCGAUAAAUGUAACCGUUUACUGUAAUUUAAUAGAUAACAUGAGAUAAAGGCGUUGUUGAAUUCAAGUUCAAGUUUAAGUUUACUUUAUUCAAUACUUUUAUUAAAACGAACAAAGGAAAAACAAACAAGACAAAGUUAAAAUAUAAUACAUGUAUUAAUAUAUAACAUGAGGACGACACAAACGGAGAUGACAUGAAGAGCAAGCGGGAUUUUUGUUUUAAUAAAUAAAUAUGUACAUUAAUUAAAGUAUUUGGAAACUAGGCAAGAAGGCUGUGUAAAAGUCAGUCUCCAUUGAUUGUAUACAAAACUAACGUUUCAAUAAAAGUUAAGAAAAAAGGAAAUAAUUAAUUUUCACACAUACACCCUCUGUCAUACACACCAACACAUACCUAUCGAUCUGUAUGAUGAAAAUUCAAGUUAUAGGUUAUUGCACUAUUGAGUAUUUUUGUAAUGAAUACAAUUUAAAUUUUCUUUUAAAACUAUUCAGUGAUGAGCUCGGUCUAAUGUCUAUUUGGUAUAUCACAACAAAUUUUGGGACCCCUGAAAAAAAUUGUAUUUUGGGAAACCAGUGUUCUUACCCCUGGAAUAUAAACAUUAUUUGAAUACCUUGUCUGGUGGUCAUGAAUAUUCUUAUUGAUAGAUAGAUAGAUAGAUAGAUAAUGGUUUUAUUGAGAAUAAAAGAACAACAAUGCAUCGCGGCCUACAAGGCCGAAUUGGGCAAUGUUUUACAAAUGUAAAAUACAGUAUAUAACAACAUUCAUAUCAAAUAACCUCAAAUUAAUGAACUAAACUUGAAUGAGUAGAUUGUUAAAAAAA